AUGGGGGCGCUCCUUCGCGCAUGGCUGCAUCCGGAAGCCCACCUGGGUUACGAGCUUCCGGACCCCAUCAAGGCCAGCAGCGCCUACUUCGUGCUGUUCAUGCUCCUGGAGCUGGCGGUCUCCACCUACCAGGGCAAGAAGGUGUACAAUCUACGCCAGUCCCUGUCGAAUCUGAGCGCCGGCUUCUUCCUCGUGUUCCUCGAUGUCUUCACCAAGGCACUCUUCAUCUUCCCUUACUCCUGGCUGAGGUCCCGGGUCGCCAUCAUCCCCGAUGACCUGGAGCUCGGCUGGCUGCACCAGGUGCUAGGCUUCCUCAUCGUGGAUCACUCCUACUACUGGUGGGAGUCGGGCAUCGCGGGCGCCUGCCCCGGCAGCCUGGGACCGGCCCACAUGUCCAACCUGGGCUGGGCGGCACACGUGACCCACCACUCCAGCAACGACUACAACCUGAGCACGGCCCUGCGCCAGGGAGUGGGCGAGAGCAUGUACAGCUGGGCGUACUACCUGGUCCUGGCCCCCUUUGCACCGCUGAAGGUGUUUGCGCUACAUAAAGGCGCCAACGUCGUCAUUCAGUUCUGGGUGCACACAGAGAUGAUCCCCAAGCUGUGGGCGCCGCUCGAGUAUGUGUUCAACACGCCCUCCCACCACCGAGUGCACCACGCCCGCAACUACGGCCGCAGGAAUUUCGGCGGGGUGCUCAUCGUCUGGGACCGCCUGUACGGCACCUUCGAGGACGAGGACGCGGCGCGGCCCUGCGUCUACGGCCUGGACAGCCGGCGCGUGCCGCUGGGCACCUACUCCCCGCUCUGGGCCCAGGCGCACCACCUGGCGGCCACGCUCCGCCUGGCCGCAGCCUCGGCGCCCCUGUCCGCGCUGCUGACGAGGCGCUACGGCCCGGGCAUGGUGGUGCCCGCGGUGCGGCGCGCUCUGGGCGCGCUGGACUUCUACGCCGCGCUGCACCUGCUGGGAGCCGUGCUGCCCGGCGCCCUGGCCCUGGGCGAGGCGCGCGCCUCCCUGGGCGAGCCGCGGCUGGCCGCCGCGGCGCUGGCGGGCAUCGCCAGCCUCAUCACCGCCGUCUGGGUGAUGGACGGCAGCCGGGCCGCGCUGCGCUGGGAGCUGGCGCGGCUGGCUGUGCUGGCGGCGCUGGGGCCGCGCCUGGGCGCGGCCGAGUGGCUGGGGGUGGGCGGCGCGCGCGCUGCACUGGCCGCGCUGGCCGCCUCGGGCCUCGUCGUCCUCGCCCACCUGGCGCGAGCCCCGGCCUCCCCCCGUAGCAAGGCGGAUUGA